CAAGGCAUCAGCUGAAUGAGACAUGGGGAAAAGAAACAUUGGAAGUUUCAAGAAAAGUAUAACUAGUAUGACCUCCACAAGACAUGAAGGCACAGGCGGUGCUGUCCAUCAUCCUCAUUCUUGUACCAUCUCUAAGUGGAUUUCAUGAUACAUUCCUUUUAGCUUCCCCCAAUCUUGUUACUACUGAAGAAGAGCAAAUAGUCAUUGGAAGACUUGGAGAAGAUGUAAUUCUCCCUUGUUCAUUUGAAAGUGAGCCUGAAGUCGUAAUUCACUGGAAGAAUCAAGAUAACUAUGUUUACUCAUACUACAAAGACCGUGACUAUUUGGAAAAUCAAGAUCACAGAUACACAAACAGGACAUCCCUCUUCCAUAGUGAAAUUCACAAUGGGAAUGCCUCUUUAUCUUUAAGAAGAUUAAGCCUUCUGGAUGAAGGAAUUUAUGUAUGCUAUGUGGGAACAACAUCUAGAAAAAUCAUAAAUAAAGUGGUACUAAAGGUGGGAGCUUUUGUCACACCUGUGAUGAAGUAUGAAAAGAGGAACACAGACAGCUUCUUAAUAUGUAGUGUGUUAAGUUAUCCUCAUCCACUUAUCACAUGGAAAACUGACAAUGCAUCCAUCUCUGAAAGCAAUAUGGAAGAAAUUGAAUCUUUGAGUCCUUUUUAUGUUGACAGUAUGAUAAAUAUUACAGGAUCAAAUUUAUCUUAUGAAUGUGCUAUUGAAAACUCAUUACUGAAACAAACAUGGACAGGGGGAGGGACAGUGAAAGAUGACCUUCAUAAAAUGCAAAGUGAAAAUUUUUCACUCUCAUGUGAACUUACAAACAGUAUUUUUUUACUGGAUCAAGACUUCAAAGUCGCUUGGUCCAAAGUAGAAAAAGAAACCUCCUCCAUCCUGGCUUAUUUUCUGAGCUCCUCACGAAAUACAACUAUCUAUGGACCCCGAGUAUCCUGGAACAAAGAACGAAUAAACCAGACUGACUUUUCCUUGACUUUGAAGGAUCUUAUUCUUUCAGACAGUGGGGAAUACUUAUGCAAUAUUUCUUCAAGCAAAUAUACUUUCCUCACCAUCCAAGCACUGCAUGUAGUAGAACAGAGUCAAAGCAGAACCACCUGGAUAAUUAUUCUGUCUUUGGGUUUCCUGGCAAUUUGCAUAUUCUGUAUAUUAAAAAGAUACAACUGUUUCAGGAGAGAGAGGUCUUCUGUCCAUACUGAGAGGGCCAACAUGACUAAUGCAGAAGAGAGCAAGGCUCUUUCGGAACACCCAGCUAGUACAGGAAAUUAAGACAGGACUGUGUCAACACAUGAAGAGCAUCCUUAAUAUCCAGUGACUUCACUUCCCCU